AUGGAAUGGCAGCAGAAGGAGGCCGCCAAACGCCUCAACACCGAGGCAGAAUACUUCGACGAGGGUUACGAACGGGACGUGUGGCUGUAUGGCGAGCCCAAGCUAUUCGACUUCGGCACCAAGCCAAUUGAACAGCAAAUGGCCACAGCUCCGGUCACGGUGCAGUACAGUUUCUCCAGUGAAAACCAAGAAUGGGUCCCACCACCGCGGGGAGUCAAGCGCAUCAACUCCCACCUACAAACCAUGCUACAGUGA